UCUUCGUAUCGUGCGUAUUGACGUCAUUACGCAGGCAGGCGGAAGGGGUCAGACGGCGGAGAGAAGUUUGACUUUCCCUUCUUCGUUUGAGUCGACUAGAAUCCGAUCUGGAGACAAACAAAACUAACCGGAGCAAACGGGAUUCACAACCAGUCCCGAAAUACUGACAGGCAUGAACCACAGCUUAAUGGUAACGGACAGUGGCAACCACCAUCACCAACACAUCACUCCUCCACCUGUCACGACUCAUCACCAUGGAGGAGGGUCUGAUGGGAACCAUGGAGGAGGGUCUGAUGGGAACCAUGGAGGAAUGGCGAUGACCUUUUAUUUUGGCUGCAGUCAUGUGGAGCUGCUGUUCAGCAGUUUGGUCAUCAACUCAGCUGGAGAGAUGGUUGCUGCGUGUAUUGGUGUUUUCCUGUUGGCUGUCUUCUAUGAGGGGCUGAAAAUUGGCCGUGAGAUUCUGCUGCGCCGCAGUCAGGUCAACGUGCGCUACAACUCGAUGCCUCUGCCAGGAAGUGACGGCACAGUGCUGAUGGAGACACACAAGACGGUCGGGCAGCGGAUGUUGAGCCCUGCCCACUUCCUGCAGACACUGCUUCACAUCAUCCAGGUGGUCGUCAGCUACUUCCUGAUGCUUGUCUUCAUGACGUACAAUGGUUACCUCUGUGUGGCCGUGGCAGCAGGCGCGGGUAUGGGCUACUUCCUGUUUAGCUGGCAGAAGGCAGUGGUGGUCGACAUCACAGAACACUGCCACUAGCUAGCAUGUUGUUCAGCCAAACUUUACUGUAACACGAUUGCUAGCCAAAUACACAUGGUUGCUAACAUAACAAACAGAGAUGCUAAACUGUAACCUUGGUGACACCAAACACUAGCUGCUGUAUUAACAGUUAAUUAUCUUACACUGUAACUAUUUUUCCAGGUAGCCAAUCAGAGCUCAGCUCAGAAGCAUCUGAUUGGUCAAAACAUAAACCUUUUAUAUUGUGCCAAUAUUAGUUGCUACUAGCUGAAUCAUUAGCGUGUAGCUUUUGUUAGCAAUCAUGAAGUUUUAGAAUUUUAAUUUAAUUUAGACGACCAGUAUUUCAUAAAUAACAUUAAAUAAUUCAUGUGCACAAUGUAAAUAAAAUUCUGAGCUGUCAGUUAUUUUAAUUUAUACAGUUCGAUUCAAAUAGUUUUUUUUUUUUUUUUGCUAAAUUUUAUAGUUGACCCCCCCCCCCCCCCAAGCCUAAAAUUUAGACACCUGCUGCCUUAAUGUCCACUUAAAGUGUGCUGGUUUUGAUAUUUAUUUUCAGUUGCUCUUUAUGUAAAUGUAGGUUUUGUGUUACUGAGUCACACUGAGGUGGGCGGAACCUCCCCCCUGGACCAAUUGGGAUUCAGGUACUUUUUUUUUUUAAUCUCCAUGUCACACUUUUGAUUAGAAAUUAGAAAUUAUUUUAACCAUGUGAUGGACAAAACUGGGUGUGGCUUGACCUGCUUUUUUUUUUUUUUUUUUUUAUAAAACUGGGUAAUGUGACACAGUUAACUAUGACAGCAUCAGGUUAAAGAUCAGCAGCAGCAGAGGUGGAGCCAGAAAUGAACUUAUGUGCUGGGUCUCAGUCACUUAAUGGUCAUCAGUUAAAGUUCUGAUGGUUCUGACUCAUUUUGCCCCGUAAAGUCCAACUAGCAUCUUUCAAACCAUAACAACUGAUGUGAUUUUUUUUUUUUUUUUUAAAUACAUUUACUCUGACAAAAUUCUGAAAACGUUUAACGUCUUUUCCAGCUGAUGAAAGUUUGGAGCCAAAAAUAUCUAACUUUAUUGUGCUUGUCACUUUAAAUGCAGAAGAGCUGAUGUUAGACACAUCCUGACCACAUCUUUCUCAAUCAUUGACCGUGUCUUGCUCUGAUUUUGAGAAUGAAAUUAGACUUUUGUGUGAUCAUAGGAACAUUUUUACAUUUACUUACUGUGAAUUUUUGUUAAUGACUUUAAUGAAUGAAUUUUGCGGUUUAAAGCAGCAUGAAGGAAAAAAGAUGUUUGUCAUAAAUGCUGGAAUCAAACUGAAUAAACUGUUAAGAAGCUCAUUCUUCUUAAGAAUCACUUCAUGUGUCCAAAAUUGUCUAAAGGAAGUAGCUAUCCCCCCCAAUCUAUCCAUGAUUGUUUUAAUGAUCUUUGAGAAAAUAAAUGACUUUCACAGUAA